AGAACUUGCAGCUCCCAAGUCCUGGUCAAAAAUGCUAACCACUGUACCACACAGACUCCCAAUACUAGUCUUCUCACCACUAUAAGUUUCCAAGAAACCCCAAGGUCCUUGAAAAGACAGCUUAAAAACCAGUGCCUCAAGAUUCCUUAUGACCUCGCUGAAAUGUGAUAUUGGUGGAUCCAGAAAAAUGCCGUUAUGCUGUGGGUAGAAUUCUGAGUGAAGGGGAAGAGAAGCCAUCUGAGGAAGUAAUCCGCAUGUUCCUGAAAUAUGGCUUCAAGAUUAUCAACUUCCCAGCUGCCAGCCAUGUAGUCAUGGCAACAUUCCCCUACACAACUCCGCUUUCCAUACAUCUGGCAGUGAACCGUGUCCAUCCGUCUCUUGACACAUAUAUUAAGGACCGGAAACUAUGUGCCCAUCCCAGACUGGAAAUCUACAAAGGUGACAAAAUCUAUUUUAUAUGCCCCCUUGCCCGUCAAGGGGAUUUCUACGUGCCUGAAAUGAAAGAACUGGAAAAGAAAAGCAGAGCAGCAGCAGAGAUUGAAGAUGCUCAGACAGAUAUUACAGGAGCUGAUACCUUGAGUGAGACGAGCUCUAUUAGCAUCGCGGCCACGACCGAGAGUAGAGAGACUUCAGUGGCUACCUCCAUCUUGUCCCCCUUCACAUCUGGCCAUAGCCGAGAUGAGGCAGACAAUCGCAGUGAGCACAGCUACAGUGAGUCGGGAGCCAGUGGCUCCUCCUUUGAGGAACUGGAGUUGGAAGGCAAUGGUGAUGGAACGGAAGGCUCUGUUGAGGAUCAGGACACCACCAAUGCCAAGUGGACCAAGGAGCCUAUUGUCCUGGAGAAAGAAAGGAGUGAAGAAUAAAGCUGUCUCUUUAAUCAUAUUUCUUGGGAUUGGAAAUAGAAACUGAUCAUCUCGAUUGCUUCUUUUCUGUCCAACCAAAAUAUUUCGAUCACUGUUCUGUGUUGAGACUUGUCCUACUCUUUGUCUGCAGACAAGUAUUUGGGAUGUGAAGAGAGGAUACAUCCGGGGGUAAUCAUGGUUGGUUGCUAGUGUUCUGUAGCCAGACAUAAGAAUGUGUAAUGUAAUAGGAGGCCGGGAGUAGGAUGACAUGUAAUGGUGGUGGGGAGCUCGUGUAUUGAACAGUACAGUAUAGUGUAUUUCAGUGUGCGUGAAAAAGAGGGAGAAGGUGUGUAGAUUAUUGUGCCUGGAAAACUCUGCGUAGACUGGCUGUGUCUCUGUAUGGAUGCCCCUUUGCAUUUCUUUUUCUCUUCUUGUAUUCUUCGCUAUUCAUCCCAUUUAAUCAGCCUAUUUGUUAGCAACUUACAAACACUGAUUGGCAUCACAUCUAUUAUCAACAAAGAUCAGUAGUUAUAUUUGACACAGAAAAAUGUGGUGAAGCCCAGUAAUCAUUAGGCUGACAUUGCCUUUCCAUAUGAUAUGUUCUGAUAAUUGUUUCUGUUUGAAAGGUAAAAAUGUAUGAGCAGGGUUACUGCAAUCUACAGGUACUCAUGUUGCUUCUGAUUCCUUUUCACUAUUCCUUACAUGCCUGUGCAGCCUGCAUUCCAUGUUUCUCUUUCAGAUUCUAUAAUCCCGAAGUUCUUUUUAGUUACAGUUGUUGCACCCAUUCGUUACUGUUGGUAUAACUCGAGAGAACUGAACUUGAUUCUUAUCUAGCUUUUGAUGUAACAGAAUCCUUUUGGAAGAAAGGUGCACCACUGUUGACAUGAAUGAUGUCUUUUUCCAACAGAAAGAGAGUAGAGAAUGAGCAAUAUUACAGAGCCAAAGAGCAAUAUCACUGCAGAAAUGACAUAGCCAUGUUCUCUGUAUGCUCAGGCAUAGUGAAUAACCUGGAGUGGCGUCUCAGGCAUAAUGAUAACAGUAGUGGAUAUGAUUUUAUGUUUGCCAGUGCUAGAAGUUUCCAAAUUUUGUGACUUUGAAAUGCUCAUGUAGUCUGCCCUUAUGCAAGGUUAACAAUUCCUACAACUUUGAUUACAGCAUAAUCCUAAGCAGGAUGAAAGGAAGAUGGUCUUCACCUUGCACUGGCAAUAUUUUUGAAUGUUGGGUCAAUUGUGUCACCAUCCAAUUCGCUGGGCACCAGAUCAGAUUUUUCACUGCUGUAUCCCCUAUUAAAGCUCUUGUAAGGAACUGGUUGAUGAGAGCCAUGUUAGAUCAUCUGAAUUUUCAGUGUUCCAUUACUACGGCUUGAGGAUGUCAUCAAGACAGUUAGAAGAAAAGCAUGCUGAUACCUUUAGAAUAAGAGGUGAAGUACUGAAAUAUUCUGAUCCUCCCUACCCCAUUCUUGCUCCACUUGCUUACAUCCUCUCUGUGGAAGGCUUAGAUCAAUGGCUCACUCUGUUUCUUAAUGGAUGUGGAUCCAUAUAGUGGACAAAGAGGUUUGACAUUCAGCCAUCUUCAGGUCUGCCUUGUUUCUGAGCAUUGACUAAGCUUGGAGGGAAAUCAAUGGGAUGCAGUGUUAGAACAUUUCCCCUUGGGCUGUGUAGUUCACAAGGCUACUCAGCUCCCCUUUCCAAACAAUCACCAUUGAUUCCUUAUUUUCUUCUUUAUGCUUUUGUUGCUGUGGCCUAUAAGAUUUCUAGUUCUCCUUUGACUCUCUGUUCCUUGAUGUUUGAAUCUAUAUUCCUGUUCUGCAGUUCUGAUUUAUCAUGACAUCCAAAUCAACAACUCCACUUUAGCUGCAGUGCCUCUGAAGCUAGAAGGGCUGAUAGAAGCAAACACAUACGUAUUCCAUAUAUGGGGAACUGGAUAUGCUUCAUCCCUAUUGUGCCUGGAUUCUGCAGAUCAUUCCUAGGCUAAAUGCCCAGAUAUAAUUGGAGGACUUUCUAAUCUGCCUGGAUAUUAUUACUGUACUUUACCUACUGGCUGAACAGAUCUUACAUUUUAUAUAAUAAAUGAAAUUACUUGAAUGAAUGUUGUUAUAACUGCCCCAUUUAGGCACUGCCUGUUCAGUGGCUACCCAUGUGCCUGUUACUGAAUAAGGCUCCCUCACUAAUUUAGAAUUCCAGUUCACUGUGUGUCUGUAUGUGUUUGUGUGCAAAUGGGUUUGCAUAUCCAUAUGUUCCUUUGGACAUGUGUGAUAACAUGCGUCCUUGUGUUUCUGUGCUUGUUACUUGUGUGCAGAAACCAAUAUGCAUUUGUGGCUUCAGAACCAAACUAGUUCUCAAACUAUUUAUGUAAUUGCUGAUUUUAUGAACGGUGUCUCAUCUAGCUUGGUCCUCAUACUGUGCUUUCGUAUGAAUUAGCUUCUUUCUUUUUUUCAUAGUAAGGGUGCAAAAUAAAGGCAAUAAUAGUAGGAACAGCUGGAGGCAUAUAGAUAGAACUGUAGCAUGCUUUCCCUGAGAUUUCAUUUGACAGAUAACAAGAAUGUGAUUCAGUCUGUAUUCUGCUGGAUUUCUUUGUGCUUUUUGUUUGUUUUGUAGGAAGCAGGGAAGGAGAUAAUAUUUCUUUUUCUCACAUUCUGUGGUAUUGGAUGCAAGUAUCAAAGUCUUCUAGCUUAUAUAUGGUGGUGUGUGCAUGUGCCUCUUAUUAUGCUCAUGUGUAGUUGUGGAUAGUGCACAUCCUCAUCUAUAUUGCCCUGAAGGCGCACACAUUUGUAUCCAUGAUUGUAUCCUGCAUCUUUUCUUGCAUACAAGUAGAAUAUGUGUUCAUUUAUACACCCUAUGCAUUCAGCCCUUUCUUCUGAUGUACUCUGGUAGAAGUGGAUGUGAUGCCAAUUUCUCAAUUAUACAGGUGUGUAUAAGACAGUCAAGGCAGGCAUGAGGUACUCAACCUCUAUCUGAUUGUAUCAAUUCAUGAUUCUUAUGUAGGAUUGCUCCCACAUCAAGUAUUGUGCACUUGGGAAACAAAAACUUAACAGAAAUAGGUGUCCCCUAUUCAUAUGUAAUUAUUUCUGGAAUAAUUACCUGUGUGGAAGAAGCCAUAGCCUAAUGUUCUGCUUGGCUUGUAGGCUUUCUGCAUACCAGGAAGUUUUGACAAGAAAUAUAUUUUCAAGGAAAUAACUCCUCACAGACAUUGUGGAGUGCCUGUUCUUUUAAAAGAAAUGUACUCAGUGCCUGCCUGACCAGUUCAGUGCUUCAAGUAAGAGCCUUUCAUUAGACUGUGUUCUCUUGCUGACUGAAUGUUAGCUCUUCUUACCCAUCUUUGAAUAUGAGCACCCCUUGCCCUUUUGUCCUUCUUUUUCCUGAAAGCAGCCUGAAUAAGGUUUUGUUUUGAGCUGGAGACAGGUGAACAGCAGGAACAAGGAUGCCUGGGGUACUCAGAGAUAGCUGUGAAUAAUAUCUGAAGCUGGAAUUCUGCAGGAAGCCACUGUGCAUGUUCAAUGCUGGAAUGAGCAGUUGGGGUGUUCCUUACUGUGGCUCUUCUGAGGUGGGGAAGUGACCCUCAACUGUCCUCAACCUGUGUAGGCAGUGGCAGCAAUCCACAGGCCAUUUAUUCUGGAGGAGUUGUGGUGAUUUAACCAGGCUACUGUAGAUUUCAGUAAUCAUUCUUUGCAGUUUUAAUAUUAUAGUUAAACAUCCAAAUUAAUGAAUUGACUGCAUACUGUCAUGACAUGGACUAAGAGCAGCAGAAAGCACUGAAGCAGCUGUGCUUUUCUUAUAUUAGUAUUCCCCAUGACUGGUUUGUUUUUUAUAAGAAGCAAAGUUGGGAAAAGAUAAACAUUUGGAUGGUAACUCCCAGAAUACCCCAUCAGCUGGGAUCUUCAGGAUGCUGUACUUCACCAUCAGUAAAGAGCUAUCCAGCUAUCCAUGACCCCUUUAGAAGUGUGUGUCUGAUGUAGUGUCUGCUUCCUUUAAAAUCCUCCUUUCUCCAUGAAAGGAAUGCUUCAGGCAUUUUUUCACACAGCCCCCUUUCUCAAAGAGCUGAAUUGCCAGAAACAUAACUGGAGCGUCCUCUUAAUAGGCAGUUGCCUGGUAAUCUGCUCUAAGAUGCCCUGCUUGUUCUGUGGCUAGCCUGGUAUUUUUUUUCUCUGUGUGUGUCUUUUGGCACUAGCUAUAAUUGGGGAGGGACUGGGUGACGGGAUGAUGAAUAAAAUUACCAUCCAUCUGUGGUGAAAAUACAUCAGAACAUCUCAAGAACAACAAAUGUUUCAUCUCUGCAGUUCUAACUACACUGUUGACACAGUUUGGUUCACAAAUUAAUUACAAAUAGAGAUGUGCAUUUUGGAUUUUUUUAAAACUACAAAUCCCACAGUUCUCCUUUCUGGGAGUCUCCUCUGCAGAAUCCAGAUCUUAUGGACACCUAAAUUGUGUUCAACUGGAGAGAAGUCCCACCUAGCAGGCUUCAUGCCUUGGAUAGGCUUCCUGUUAAAAAGGAAGCUGCCCUAAUGGUUGCUGGGAAGCUUCCUUUCAAAUAGGAAGUUAAGCCUAUCCAAAUGAUAAAGUCCGACAGUUGGGCCUUCUCUCCAAGUGAGCACAGCUGAAGUGUCUGUAAUGUCUAGUUCUGGCUGAUGGAACUCCCAGAAAAGAGAAUUAUGGGAUCGGUAGUCCAAAAAAACCCAAAAUGCAUAUCCCUGGUUACAAAUGCUUUGUAGCUUACAGCUGAAAUAGAAUGGAAUAUUAUGAAAAUAAUGUACAUGGACAGAGUGAGAUAAAAAAAGAUCUGCCAUUCUAACUUUAUUGUUGCCUCUUAGGACAUUUUAGAGAUUAAAGCCAUGCAGCUUUCCUGACA